UGUAAACAUUACAUAAUUGUGUAUUCUUACAACCCCCGACCUCAGGCCACAAGUUGUGACUGAUCUUCAGACGGCGCCCACAUAGUUUUUUUUUAAAUUUUUGUUUUGCAUGAUUGGUUUUUAACUGGACACUUGGCGGUUGGAAACUCUGCCAGGGGAGAUGGUUUUCCAGGGAGAUUCAUCGCUUUCCUAUGUCAUGUUUGGAGGGACUAUCUGACUAUCUGUUGUCAGAGACUAGUGGCCACCUAGCAAACCCGCUUACUGUAAAGCUCGGCAACGGAUCUAUUUUUUGUAUCAGAUGAUGCAGUUGUGUUUCACCAGGGCAAGUAUACAAAAAAGAUCUCAUGAUGUGUGCCCACGGGUGUUGUACACGCGGAACAUGCACCCUCACGGCCUCCGGCUGGACCACUACGAUGGUGACUAUGUCUGCUGGGCGAUCAUUUUCUCGAGACAAGAAAGCAGAAUGAUUCUACCCAAGCAGUUUAUGACCGGGAUGUUGGAAUAUGAUGUUAUUAUUCCAGAUAUGUAGAGCUGGUGGUCUCCUAGCCAUAUCAGCAGGAACAGUACAUUGACAUACUCGUGCGUUUACGGAUUGAUCUUCGGAAUGAUCACCUCACAAUGAUUCGUGACAACUGUGGCCGUUUUCUAACGACGGCCCCCGUGAAUGACGACGGUGCACUGCCCCGUGACCAUGAAUUGGCUCAAGGAUUUGUGCCCGAGGCGCUGCCACAUCACACGGUGUGCUUCUGACACCUUUCCGCGUAUUUUCGCGUCCUUCUCUCAGCCAUGCGUGAGGCCAUUUGCAUUCACAUUGGCCAGGGUGGUGUUCAGAUUGGAAAUGCGUGCUGGGAACUAUUUUGCUUGGAGCACGGCAUCCAACCUGAUGGCCAAAUGCCUUCUGAUAAGACGAUCGGUGGCGGAGAUGACGCUUUCAACACGUUCUUCUCCGAAACUGGCGCCGGGAAACAUGUACCUCGCUGCGUCAUGGUUGACCUGGAGCCAACGGUUGUGGAUGAAGUACGCACAGGCACUUAUCGCCAGCUCUUCCAUCCUGAGCAGUUGAUUUCGGGCAAGGAAGAUGCUGCCAACAACUUCGCUCGUGGGCACUAUACCAUUGGCAAAGAGAUUGUCGACCUGGUGCUAGACCGUAUUCGCAAACUUGCUGACAACUGCACCGGAUUGCAGGGAUUCUGUGUCUACAAUGCUUGCGGCGGUGGUACUGGAUCAGGCUUGGGUUGCCUCAUGUUGGAGAGAUUGUCAGUGGAUUACGGCAAGAAGAGCAAGAUUUCUUUCACUGUUUGGUGUUGCCCACAAGUCGCCACUGCAGUCGUGGAACCCUACAACACCGUGCUGUGUGUCCACUCCUUGUUGGAGCACACCGAUGUGACCAUCAUGUACGACAACGAGGCUCUCUACGACAUUUGUCGCAGGAACCUCGACAUCGAGCGCCCAACCUACACGAACCUCAACCGCUUGAUCGCCCAGAUCAUCUCAAGUUUGAAUCUAGGCAUCUAUGUUUUGAUCGAUGUGCUGGACAAGCACGAUUGUCACAGGCCAUAG